AAAGUAGAGCACCUAAACAAAGGUAUUGUACUGAUGUGGAGAGUGUGAAUCCGGUUCGUAUUUUGCAGUUUGCCUGAAAGCGGGCGUGUGGGUGCCAGUCCUGCCAAAUCACGCACAAAUUCGACUGUGUGCAGACUAGAGACGACCGACAACUCAAGUUAACUACAGUUAAAGAAAAGCGACGAUAAUGAAUGACCCAGAGGACCAUAUGUGAGACAAAGGUUGGAAAACACUUUGGUCUGGAUGGUUAGCAAUUUGUUUACUUUUGCCUUGUUUGUCACUGUUUGUUGUGCGCGUGCGCUGUUCCACUGUGUCAGCAACAUCGCUCGCUCUGUCAUUGGAACCUGAAGUCCCUUUAUUGAACAUGGACAUGGAUAAGCAUUAAUGCAGAUCAUCGUUUUAAAAACCAGAAGUGUGAUCUGUAAAAGGUGUGUCUGUGAUGGAAGGGGAACAUUUACUAAAUCUGGGUCAUCUAACUGAGGUGGAGCAAACUGUUAUCCUCAGUGUGCUGCUGAGAGAUGCUGAACUGCGCAGCAAAGAGGAAGACCGAAUACGUAAACUUCAGCAGACCGAAUCAGACCCUGCCCGUCUUCGAUGGCUCUCAGGGGCGUGGUUUAAUGAGCAGCGUGCUAAAAGACAUCAGAAGGGAGGUGUUGAUGUUGUGCAUGCAUCUUUACGCCGUAAGAAGCGUGAUAAAGAUGUACCUCUGAUGGCGAUAUUCAAUAAUGGCAACAACUCUUCUUCUCCAUUACCUGAGCGCCAAGAGGAUAAAAGAAGUACAGAGGAAGAAGUGCUGGAAAAUAUAAACGUUGCAGAAGAUGGCAAGAGUCAGGAAGAAAACAAAAGAGAGAAGGAAGUUGUGGAAAGUCCUAUUCACAGAAUGGCCUCUGAAGCCCAAUCCAGGACAAAGAAUACAAAUGGUGUUUUGAGUCUUGAAGAAAGUGUUGUUCAGUCAGAGGUCACGGACAGCAGAACUCUGUCAAGUCCAUUGCCAUCCAUGAAGGUUGACUCGGGGGGAGAUAUUAACUCUGGCAGUCCUGAACUGGAUCGCUCUAGAUUCGGCUCAGUCACCAGCUUGAGCUCCCAUCAUAUGAUGAAUGGCAGCUUGAUGAGCCUGUACAGUGUGGGGGAUUUCAGGGAUGUUGUGGUAUCAGGACAGAUUCAGUUCUCACUGCAGUACGAUGUCAAGAGGGAGGAGCUUCACGUCCAUAUAAUACGCUGUCAAGAUCUCGCGCCGGCUCGCAAAAAUCGCUCUGACCCGUAUGUAAAAAUUUACCUUCUUCCUGACAACACAUCCCGCAGUAAGAAAAAAACAUCUGUAAAGAGGAAAACAUUAAAUCCAGUCUAUGAUGAGAUAAUAAAAUACAAAGUGCGCAGACUGGACCUUCAGGCUCGUGUGCUGAGUAUUUCAGUCUGGCACAUAGAGAGAAUGAGACGAAAUCUCUUCCUGGGUGAGGUGGAAGUGGGUUUGGGACAGUGGGACUGGGGUAACACACAACCUACCUGGUACACCCUCCAGCCAAGAGUUAAAAUAAGUCCAGAUGCCAGCAUCAUCAACCGUGGGACCAUUCUCUUCUCAAUUAAGUUUAUACCUUCAAUAGGAAGUGGUAACCUAUUGACUGGUGAGCUGCACAUUUGGUUGAGAGAGAUUGUUGGUCUCCUUCCCAUAAAACGUGGCACACCCAGUACUUACGUGAAAAGUGUUGUACUACCAGAUGAAAGUGGUGUCAGCGGCCAACAGACACGUGUGGUUCGAGGUUCUGUUAACCCACAGUUCAACCACACCAUGGUUUAUGAUGGAUUCGAGUCCAGUGACCUUAUUCAAGCAUGCGCUGAGAUAACAGUCUGGAGCCCAAAGCCAUCUUCUUGUCUGGGUGGAGUACGGUUAAGCACUGGCUCAGGUGUGAGUUACGGUCAGUCUGUUUGCUGGAUGGACUCUACAGAAGAAGAGAUAAGCGUGUGGUCCAGUGUUAUGCAGAACCCCAACAGCUGGGUGGAAGCCAGUCUGCCAAUCAGGACAAAUUUACAGCUCUGCUCUGAGUAAACUGGGUUUAACAUGCACAUUUGACCUGCUACUAUAGUUGUGAAACAGUCUGAGGAAUAAAUCAAUCCUGUUGCAUAUAGAAGAUGCAAAUAAUGACAAGGAUAUGAGAAAUCUAUAGUAGAGUUAGGCUAAUGCUUUUGUAGAAUUAGCACUAAGUAGUUAUCAAUUAGGCCUAAAUCUCUGUCGGUCAAAACAAACCAGACAUGAACCUCUACAUAGAGGGCAAAUGUAAAGAAAGAGAAAGAAAAACAUAAUUGCACAAGGAUUUGUUAAACAUUGUCCAUUACGCAUUUCGUUGGUUAUGCUGUGAAUUAAUAAAACAGACAAAUUGGUGAAUAAUGAUGUCACCAUUAGAAGAGCUUAUGUUAGACUUAUGAAUGUGAUACAAAUGUUAAUAGGAAUAAAGUGAAAAGUCACUGUCUAAAUUUAAAGGGACACUACACUUUUUUUUGGAAAAUAUGCUUAUUUUCCGGCUCCCCUAGAGUUACACAUUUGAUUUUUACUGUUUUGAAAUCCAUUCAGCUGAUCUCCGGGUCUGGCGCUUGCACUU